UCAAAUUUAUCACAUUACAUAUAAUCAUUCUUUCAAUAUACCAUACAAAAACUCUGGUUUCAAAAAUCAAGUAAAAACUCUGUCACAUCUUAUCAAAUUUCAAUUAAAUACGAAACCUAAUGUUAUAGAACACCAUACCUCAUUUGAUGAAGCCAUUGGACCAACAACUGCGAAAUGGCCAAAUGGGUAUCACAUUUACUCAGCAGAGCCACCACUAAUGGCGUAUCGGUUGAUGAGCCUCAAAUACAAACAAAAAUCUCUCCGGUCACGGACCACUUGACCACCUUCACCACCGCCACGUGUCUCUCCCCCUCCCCCUUCCACUCCGCCAUUUAAGCCUCCACAUUCUCCUCCACAAUGCUUCACAGUCUCCAGGGGAUCAAACAGAUAUGAGCACCAUGCUCAAAACGCCACCGGAUGCUGCCAUUGCCAUACCCAUAACCAUACCUGCAGAUCACUCCGCUCCUACUACUAAAGUUGCGGCGGAGGUCGACUGCGCCACCAUGAGUAGCACGAAGCUUCCGCGGAACUACGACGUGAUGCAUUUGGCUUUACGGCUUGUUUGUGUAUCGGCGUCGGUGGCGUCCGUCGUCGUAAUGACCUCCGCGAAAGAGAAGUCGACGAUCUCGCUCUACGGAUUUAACCUCCCUGUUUACUCGAAAUGGUCCUUCUCCGAUUCCUUCGACUAUUUGGUCGGAGUAUCGGGAGCUGUAGCAGUUCAUUCAUUUCUUCAACUGCUCAUAACAUCAAAUAUGCUGCUAAGGAAAUCUUCGGCAAUUUCUUCAAGGAAACAUGCAUGGCUUGUAUUUGCUGGUGAUCAGGUUUUUGCUUAUGCAAUGAUGAGUGCUGGAUCGGCUGCAUCAGGAGUGACGAAUCUGAAUCGAACAGGGAUCAAACAUUCAUCGCUACCAAAUUUCUGUAAGCCGUUACAUAGCUUCUGUGAUCGUGUUGCUGUUGCAAUCGGAUUUGGAUUCUUCAGCUGCUUCUUGCUUGCCAUGUCUGCUGUUCUUGAUGUGGUUUGGUUGUCUGAGUACUACUGAUUAGUGAAAGGCCAUGAUUAUUUAUUAAGAAGUCAAUAUUGUUGGUAUUGGUAUCAGAAUGUUAACUUUUAUGAUAUUGGUCAGGUAGUGAGGUAGUUUGGAUUUUUAUGUGUUCAAAAGUUUAAUAAGAAUUUCGGAAAAAGAGAAUAAUUAAAUAA